CGCAUCGAAUUUCUAUUUGAUUUGUCGUGGAUGAAGCUAUCUGAGUAAUCCAAACCGUACUUGAUUUUCCUUUUUUUAUGUAAAAACUACUGAUUAGUACUACGCACAACAUUUAGAAGUACUGGGCUAGUACAGCAGAAAACUACGAACAAGAUGGAGUCUUCAUCCUACCUGCUGAAUACGUUGGAGACAACUCCCGUUCUCCUUCCCUCGACGACUGCUCAAGAGGAAGGUCGAGCAGAAGACAACACCAACAACAGUACAACAGCCACUCCCUCUUCUUCCUCUUCUUUUAAGGCUGUAGUAGCUAAUACAUCUUUGGGCGUACUAUCCUUGAAACGUAUGGAGGAGUAUCCACGACCUAAGGGGAUAAUACUCUCUAUCCCAAGGGAAUACUCUCCCAUAGUUGUACUUUUCAAGGAUGCACUUGAAAGAUGAAUUACGGACAGCUCUAAUUCUUCGUCCUCCGCCAGUGCUUCAGCUUCUUUUCGAGCUGGGUCUACUUCCAAGGAGGUCAUCGUGGUCGUCGAUCCUUAUUCGACUGGACGUGAGCUUGUUCGCGAGCUGUUGCAUUGUUCUGCGCGUCUCAUAGCGGUACAGAGUUCACUGGAGUUGGCGCCGUUUUGGCUACGGCAGCUGGAACCAGCGUGCUUUGAGGAAUGUUUCUUGCACGAGGAUGGGGAUGUGGCUAAAACGUGUGGAAAGAUCACCGCGAAAUACCCGGUCAAGUGUGUGGUGGCCGGAAGUAUUUCUGUGUGAUUUAGGGAUCUGCAAGAUGAAACUCGAAUUUCUUGAUAGAUUGUUCUACAGUGGUCAUCCUUGUGUGUUUAGAGUUUCUCUUUCUCCGUUUCCGGGAUCCUACAACAUAAUUGCUUCACGUAUCUUGCAACUACGAUCACUGAUCAUACUCCCGCAGGUGAACCCGGCGUCCUUCUCGCGGAAGAAAUGAGCGCGUUCCUCGGAUUGAAAAAUGCCAACGACGCUGAAACGAAGGAGUGGCGUCGACACAAGUACGCCAUGCAGGAGAGGGUACGAGAAUGUGGUUUGCGAGCAGUGAGACAAAUCUAUUCGGACUCGGUGGCAGAAGUGCUUGAUUAUGGUCAGCUUUUAUCCAUCUUUCUGAACAGAGAAUAGAGGUCUUUUGCCUUAGAUGGCUUUUCCCAUAUCCAUCUCUCUCAGGAUCUGGAUACCGUUUUCCUAUAGAAUCAAUAGAGGGGUUUUUCUCAGCAUCUCGGUUCCGUCGAAGAACCACAGAAACAAUAGAGGGGAAAACCUGCCUACAGAGAUAGGAAGGGACGGACUCAGCCACACUUCUCUAAUCUUGGUGGCAGCAGAAGGCGAACUUUGGGAGAUGGCCUAUUAUCGUGAAGCCAGCAUGCAGUGGAGGGACGGAUGGGGUGUACUGGUGCAACAAAGCGGAGGACGUCGAGAAGGCAUUUGGGGAAGAGUUGGCGAAGGUAAGCAUCAAUUUUUUACGGAAAUGAGUAUAUUAGGAAAUGUGUCUUUCAAUGGGUAAAGCAGGAAAACUCCAUUUUCUCAAUUGGUAACGCAGGAAAAACACGAUUCCUCAUCGUCCGGCAUAUCGUUAGGUCGUGGGAUAUGUAGCUGUUGUAGACUCUGCCCACGUCGUCUGGCACCACCAGGGACUUGAACCAUUGCUGAGGUUACAGAUGUCGAAGAAGAGGAUUGAAGAAAGGAGGAAGUGUGUCUUUCAAUUGGUGAGCGAUCCAUUUUUUUACGAUCACUACCUACAACUCUUGUCUCUCUAUGCCCAGGUAAACUGCAACGGCGCUUGCAACGAAAAGCUGUUGGCUCAGGAAUUCCUAGAGGGCACUGAAUACGUCGUGGACAGCACCAGUUUCGAGGGUCGACAUGUUUUAGGCGCUGUCUGGCGGUACAAGAAGAUAUUGGACAAAAGCACGAACUCCAUCGCCUACGAGCUUGCAGAAUGCAUCGAGAGUGAAGGCGAGGUGCAAGAUCAACUGUUAUGGAAGGAUUGCGGUGUCGAUUGAGUUGACUUGGAAAUGUUGACUUGGGAAUCUACGGAUAAAAAAGGAGGGGUACUGGGAUGUCCUAGAUGAUUUUUCGAACUGACUGGACCUACUCUAAUCCCAGUCCGCUACAUGUGGCAAUGCCUGGAUGCUCUCGGAAUUCGAUAUGGUGCCAGUCACGGAGAAGCCAUUAUGACUAAGGAUGGCCCUUGCCUGAUCGAAGUUGGUGCAAGACUGCACGGUAUGUUAUUCUAAGAGAAUGAUAUUAGAUAAGGAUGAUCCCAGACAGAUGUUCCUUUAUCAAGAUACAUUUUUAUCGAAAUUUCAUUCUUUCGACUCAACACAGGCGUACCUAAUACUCACUAACAAACUGUCUAAGCUUCCUUAUAGCUUCAACACACAACAGGUGGUCGUGGUCCGAUCGUGACGCAGUUGGCUAGUGGCCUCGGAUGUCAUGAGUUGCUUGCUGAUGUGUUGACGAAUCACGCGAAACUCUUCAACGAACUGCAUCGCCGCAACUACCGCUAUGUCAUGAAGAAGCGGGCACUCGAGUAUCUCUGCCGCAAUGUGUACGCUGAGGGGACAUUGAAAACGGACUUGGAUCAUGGGGGCAGGGUAUACUUAUUUGAAUUACUUUUUGUCUGAGUAUCUAUCUUUCCUGCACUUGAAAAUGAUGUGAAGUCGCAAAUGGAUAGGCAAGCGUCUCCUGUUGAAUCAAAAAAAGCAUAAUUAGGCACACGUUCAUCCUCGCCAUUGCUACUUAUACAAAAACUAUCACAGCUUUCUUCCCUACCUGGCGUCGUCGAAGUCCGACCCAGUGUCCGAGUAGGCGAGCAACUGUCACUCACUCGCGACAUGGCCACUUCGCCAUGCUCGAUCCUCAUGUGUUCCGUCCGUCAAGAGACAGUAGAAGCCACCAUAUCACAGAUCAAAGCCAUGGAAGAUUAAGGGUCUCAAAGUAAUUCUCAAGUCAUCUUGCUUCGCAGAAGAUUGUGUCUCUCGGUUCCGUUCCGUCUUGCAUCCUGAGAAGGUGACACAACUCAUUUGUUUAUAAUUGAUAUUUGUCUCAGUUUCCUUUGUUCUUGGAUCCUGAGAAGAUGAUAAAGUUAGCUUAUGAGAUGAAUUACCUUGUUGAGCUUCUCUAAGAAGAGAGUGGCGAGUUAUAUCAAGUAGAAGAAAAAGCUGUCGUACCUGCGAUCUCUACUGGUGGCGCUGUAGUAGGUGCUGGAGGUCGUACUCUCCUUGAGUCAGAUUCAGAUGGAGUGGACAACUCUCGCGAGUGUCCAGCUUGUGGUGCGGAACCGGGUGCAGCCGUCCAAGUCGUCCAGUCGCCGAGUCGACGUGGAUCUUCUGCUUCGUCCUCAUCUGAAGAUGCAUCCCUGUCUGAGAACGACGUGAAGAAGACAGAGAUUAUGAGGAGAAUUUCAGUCAUUGAAAUUGAGUUUAAGAAAUUCAAAUCUACAAUCGUAGUUCUAGAUGAAGAUCUACAUUUUUUAGUCUUUUGGAGUUCGAUUUGCCGAUAAUAUCCUAUGUAAUUUGACAUAUAGUAGCUGACCAUUGCCACAGAAGCUGUAACCACCUCUAACCUCUACCCCGAACAAGACGACCAAAAGCGUGUUGGCAAGAUGCAGUCCUCUUCGACUGUGAGCACGAUCUGCUCAUCGCGGAGCAGUUCGUUAUACGAUAUCGACCGACUCUUCGUGCCUACCCCUGAAGACGUCGCGUGAUGAGAAUAGCAAUUUACCACGAACGUCGUGUUAAGGACUUAUGUAGUCUGUUAGGCUUGAUAGGAUUAGGAACGACUUCAGUAGUCGGUGAGAAAGCCCUAGUUACUGAUGAUAAACUCAAGUGCUGGUGAAUUAAACUUUUUAUUUUUAGAUGUUGGAGGUAAAAUGCACUUUAAUGUUUUUUAAGACUCCCGAUAAAUGGUCCGUCCUGACGUAAUCCUUUGUGACGUGGAGAUCACUUUAAAAAGUCUUCAUGUGUGAGAAGUGUUAUGAUAUAUAAUGUAGACGUAUUUUCCCUGAGUGAUCUGGAGACAGUUUACUUAAUAUCUUACGCAGAAGACCUAUUGUUGAUGACAAUCUACUUCGUCAUUUGUGUGGGAACAUCAUCUCCUUAUAAGUCUUACCACGUGUAAUAUAGGUUUUUAUUCGUCGGCUGAAAACUCCUGCUUCUAUUUUACUACAGAGGAGAACACACUAUUGUUCUACUCCUGAACUAGUUGUACAUACUAAAGUUCGUUGAAGAUCUAACUUUAAAUAUUUUUUGAUAGUACACGUCGAUGCGCAGAGAGGGAGCAUUUACAUGUUUGCGAGGCAGGGCUCUAGAUAGAAUUCCCAAUUUUUUUGUUUAUAGUGAGUCACAGUUUAGCUAGUUGAUGUGAGCAGUGUUGUUGAUUUAAUAGCUGUCGUUGAUUUAGUUGGUAUGGUCGUGAGUGUUAGCAACAGUAUGGUUGUAGGAGAUAAAGCGUUUAAGCGUUCUCAUUUGUUUGUUUUCUGAGAACGUAUUCUUGACCAAUUUGAAUUCUAGCUCCUUUGCGCUUAGAAUGUCAAUGUUGAAGGUUUUUUUGGCUGCCGUGUUUUGUUGCAGUAACCACUGUAUAGAAUUGUUCAUCAUGGGAGCCGAAGCCGAUGGAUGUAGGCUCGUCGUCUCCUCGAUCAUGGGAUAACAUUAUCGUGAAGAAGUCCAUUUUGAGAAGUCCAUAUUUAUCCAUUUAAUACAUUUUCAUUCAUAAUUAUAUUCAUUCCAUCGGACAUAGUAGAGAGAAAGUGUCCAAAAUGCGCUUGUAAAGAAGGACUAGUACACCCUCAGCAUAUAGGCAAAAACUGCAAUUGAUCUUCACUUAACAAAGCUAAUCCCUCCUCCCUCCCCUGCAACUUGCAACUUUCGGAUGUACCCCUGGAUUGGGUUUAAUACUACUACUACUCACAGUACUAGACAUACUCCGUAUACUAUCACGUUGUGCUCAAUUUCGGAACUUUUCUCUCCGACAGACUCUCUCUCUCAUACUUUUUUCCCUAAAAAGUGGAUCAACUGCAAGGUGAUAGGUUGUUCUUCAUCCCUAGCAUAUGCAUUAGUUUCUUGAGUGGUUAUCAACAAAAGAGUUGCUAGUAGAGCAACUACACAGUUCGGUGUAAAAAAAACUUGCAUGCUAUCAGCGGAGAAGCUUAGCCUACUGGUCAACAAAUUCCUCUCCAACAGCUUCUCCGCCAACUACUUCUGGUGCAGAAAUUCGUUCUUGUUGAGUAUAAUUGUCUUCUUGUUUCGAUUUUUAUAUGUGACAGACUCUGUAUAUUUAUGACCUAGUGGAAUCGUGGACAAUACAUCGUCGUAGACGAUACAACGAUGCUAUCCAAUUAAUGAUGGACUGAAUAUCUUUUUCAUGGUAUACUCAUCACGAACAAGUUGGACUACAAGUCGACAAAAGUUCUAAUUACAUAGGACGCAUAGGCGCGGCAUUCAUUCAAUAUUAUUUCUUUUUGGGUUAUUCCAAUGUUAUUUAAUGUACAAUUUUCUAUGGCCAUGCCCAUGGCUGUGCAACUACUACUACUACUACUACUACUACUACUACCAAUGCAGUAGAAUCGGAAUUGAUUCUUCAUCAAUCUUUCUAUGUCCUCCAUCGUCAUCAACAAUGAAGUCAAAACAUCAACAUCGAAGACGACCACAGCAACAUUGAUUUUGAGAACACUGGUUAGUGGUUAUGAAUGACCACAACAUGAUGUACACAUGCUUGAUUACGUUGUAGCUCACGUUUAUUGUACUCAGGUAAAUGACUAAAAAGAGAAAAUUUACGAAGAGAAAUAGACAAACAGGGAAUGAAGCGUUGUCAUGAACAGAGAUAUUGUACCAGCUUGUUAUAGAGUUUUUAAUGAUUAUGGACGGAGGCAGUUGUUGUCUCCAUAUCCUUUGGCUUGACCACACUAACGGAAGUGGGCUGUAUGCGAC